UACUAUUACGACGAAAUACUACCUCUGCUACCUAUCCCAAAUCCCUCCCGCUACCCGAAUUUCUAAAUACCUAACACCACCAUACAAUUACACGUAACACACAUACAUAAUACCAACUUACACAUAAUACACACAAGACGCGUUGACCAUCCCCGACACCUAUUUUACCUCUCUGGGUAGGUAGGAUAAGUAAGUACCUACCUCUAACCUAAGGUAGUUUUUCUCAACCCAUAUUUUCUCCAAAGGUCAAACUUAUCUCGUUUCUUUCUUUUCUCUUUAACCUCAUCCCUUCCCACUAAUUAAUAUUUUUUUUUCUUGUUCCCUCACCCCAAAGAGAAUUUACGGAACCAAAAAUUCACUUCGUCAUUCAACCGUACAAAAUUCCUGUUAAUUGAUUUAAUUUUUUUAGGUACCAGUCGAUCAACUAGGCCCGCCUAAUUUUAUUAAACCGUUCUGUCUCAUUAGAGAUACCCGGAUUCCGAUUCGCCUAUCUAGCAACCACGAUGAAAUCAAAACGUCCUGUCGGCCGGCCUCGUAAGAACUUGCCCUUGAAGGAGUCGGAGCCUUCUAAAGUUAGAGUUGAAGUUACUGAUGACCAAGUCGUCGGACAUCUUAAUGUGAAACCGCACGGCCAUGCACGGAACGAGCUCGAAGAGCGAAUCAACGACCUGAGCGAUUCUUGGGAAACCGAGUCACUUUUCGAGGAUGUUAUUGAAGACAUCUCUGACCAUAAAUUCAUCGACGAUGUUGACGCUGUCACGCCUGAAGAAGCUGUGCGCUACCGCCAGCUGUUACGAGCAAUUGGUCCUCAAGAAUUCUGCAAACGUACAGUUGAUUCUGGUACGAUUACAGUCAAGAGGUUACUGACGGCCUUUGGAAUACGGCCGCCUGCCUUCCUCGAGGGUCUCCCAGAUCACGCUUACUUUGGUUUACUCACUCUAGCCAUGACGCGAGAGCUCGCUAAGCGCGCCAAGCUUCCCAAUUAUAACACAAUUGACGAUGCUGUGGCACUGCUAAAAUCAUCUCGCAAUAUCGUCGUCUUGACCGGAGCUGGAAUUUCUACUUCUCUUGGGAUUCCCGAUUUCCGUUCUAAAGAAACCGGCCUCUAUUCACAACUCGAGAAGCUCGGGUUGGGGAUUAGCGACCCUCAAGAAGUUUUUAACAUAGACAUUUUCCGGGAAGACCCAACCAUCUUCUACUCGGUGGCAAAGGACAUCCUUCCCGACACUAAGGGAUUAUAUUCGCCAACCCACGCUUUCAUCGCCAAACUUCAGGACGAAGGCAAGCUUCUAACAAAUUACUCGCAAAAUAUUGACAAUAUCGAAGCAAACGCGGGCAUCAGACCUGACAAACUUGUCCAAUGUCACGGCUCCUUUGCAACUGCCACGUGUCAGAAAUGCGGUUAUAAAGUCGAAGGCGACGCCCUCUUCGCCGACAUCAAAGCUGGGAAUAUACCGCGAUGCGUGAAGUGCAUCGCCGAGCUCCGCGGCAACGGCACAAUGAAGCGCAAGCGCUCUUGCAAUAAGUCUACCAGCAAGAAGACUCGGCGCAGGAGCACGGACGAUGACGAUGACGACGGUCAAUACGAUAUUCCCGACGCCGGCGUCAUGAAACCCGACAUCACUUUCUUCGGCGAGGAGCUUCCGCACGAGUUUGGCCAACGCUUAGUGCACCACGAUCGUGACCUCGUAGAUCUGGUCAUCGUGAUCGGCACCUCGCUCAAAGUCGCUCCCGUCUCCGAAGUCGUGCCUUACCUGCCGCCCCAUAUUCCGCAGAUAUACAUCUCGCGCACGCCCGUGAGCCAUGUUAACUUUGACAUCGACCUGCUCGGCGACUGCGACGUUAUCGUCGCGGAACUGUGCCGUCGCGCGGGCUGGCAGCUCGACCACCCGAUGGUGAAGCCCGAUCAGGAGAUCAGCGUCAGGCUGGAAGAGGGCUACAAGAGCCGGCACAUUUUUACGGCGGCCGAGCCAGAGAAAUCGCCAAAACCAGAAGCGAAAGCAAAAGCAAAAGCGAAAGCGAAAGCAAAAGCGAAAGCGGAGCCGGAGUCAUGACGUGACCGUCUUUUAGACUGCUGCGAAGCAAUUUAUUCGCCUUCUUCGAUAAACACAAUUACGACUACUUAACAGCUUGGUUAUACCGACCGAAUUCGCGGCACGAGGAUGGCAUAUUACGGGGGCGGCAUCUAUUCUUUAGCAGCAAGGCGUUAUG